UUCAUCAGCAAGCGGCACUACAACGCAAUCGCAUGAGUCAGCCAGACUAUUGGCCCCAGCCGACUGAACGUGACCCGAACCGCGUUUGUCACGAAGCCGGUCCGCCAAGUCUUGCGGGAGACACCAGCCAAGAAGCGCAAAGGGAAGAGGAGGAGGAGGAAGAGGAGGAGGAGGAGGAGCAGGAGGAGGAGGAGCAGGAGGCGGAAGCAACGCCGCCAUACCCUCUCACAUGCCCCGGAACACGUAGGCGAACUCUGGCGCUGGACCCGGCGCGGCCGCGGCCACGGCACGCUCGCGCACGGGGGCCUCGAGCUUCCUCGGCGGGGAGCACCGACGACUGUGCACUGACACCAGCUCCGACUGGGCCCGUCCCAGUCCCAGGGAGCGGGAUCGAGGUGCGGGGGCCGAGGACUUUGAACGCUUUUCUGCAGCCCUAGGUGCGCCCUCAUCGCCUCGGCCGGUCCCCUGCGAAAUAUGCUGGUCAGAACGCAGCACUGGAGAGGGUCGG